AGCAUCGAAGACAACCGAGAUGAUGAAGUUACAGACGACGCAAAAGAGGAUUCAAUGGAUAUAGCCGGUGAAGCAGAACCCAGCAAUGUUACUAUCUGCUCGAGAAGGAAAAAUAGUCAAGUGCAUGAAAUACGUAAGGCCACUCCAAAUCAGUUUCCUUUCAUAGUGGCAAUAAUGUCACCUCGGAACGAAUACGUGUGUGCUGGCUCUUUAGUCUCCAAUGGCUUAAUUCUUACGUCUGCACAAUGCACGGAUUCUAUUAGCUAUGUCCUAGUAAAUACCACGAGUGAAAGAAAAACUAACGACACUAUCUCGCUGCAUAUUAUUAAAAAUGAAAAAUUUCCAACAUACACUGGAACCAAAUCAUUGAAAGACGUAGCUCUUAUAUAUACCGAAAAACAUAACAAUACAAUUGCAUCAAAAAUAAAAGUUAGCAAUUACACAAACUCACAAUCAUUGGGCGAUUUAGAAGCUGUUGGCUUUGGCUUAAACGUUGACAUUGGACAAUUAAAAGAACUACAAUAUGUCGGUGUAGACCCGAGGGAGUGGAGUGGAGACAAAUUAAUUGCUUAUAUCGAUUGUAUUGAUACGAAGGUUCCUACCUGUUUUAGAGACAAAGGUGGACCUCUAAUAUUUAACAAUGAACUAGUUGGUAUUAUAAGUACAGGUCAAAAAGAAUGUACGAAUGAAAUUGUAUCGAGUUAUGCUAUUAACAAAAAAAUUUUAGAAGGACUGCCAACAUAUACCUUUAAAGCUUGGCUUGACGAGAAAAUUGCUAUGAAUAUUGAAAAAGCCGAAGAACAGUUGGAGACCUUUCCAAAGAAACCUUUACUGCGUGAAGCUUCAGUUCAUGUUAUGACUAGUGGCGCACGGUCAAAGAAAUGUACUGUCAUAUCUGUUUUAAUAUUGUUGUGUUUAAAAUUAGACUAA